AAAAAAAAAAAUUCCAUACUCAUCCCCUUUGAUCGAUCGCAGGCAAACCACCAUGCAGCCGCCUCUGAUGACCCGUUACCACCGGCGGAUUAGACGGGCAAAACUGAGAGCUCGUUCGGAACUCGAUAUCUUUCAAUGGGACAAACACCAAUUCGCCAAACAGGACUUUACGAUUCCGGAAUCCUACGACACACUUCAAAGGAUCGACUAUGACAAAGUCUCUAGGGAGGAGUUCAUCGAGCAAUUUGAAGAAAAAUGCCAGCCGGUCGUAAUCCGAGGAGUAACUGAAGGUUGGGGAGCCUGCAAGAACUGGAACUCUGAGACAUUCCUCAAGAAGUAUUACUCGCAGCCGUUUAAAGUGGGAGAGGACGACGAUGGCAACAACGUGUAUGUCAAAAUGAAAUACUUUCUGCAGUACGCUGAAACAGACGGACUCAAGGACGACUCGCCUCUUUACAUCUUCGACUCUGGAUUCGUCAAGCGCAAGUUAACACCUGUGCAAAAGAGACGCAUCUCGUCCUCGUCCUCAUCGUCCUCGUCUUCGUCAGAGAGAAAGGUCAAGAGAUCGCCUCACUCAAAGGGUGAUUCCUCCAGCAGUGGAGGCGAAGCAGGUGUCGUCGGAAGCAAAAGACCUCGCUCUGGAUCAAGUUCGCCUACAGCGGGCUCAAAAAAGGCCAUUCGCGUCUUCGGGAAGAGGGACAGCGCAAACAGUAGCCGAGUGGAAUCUGUUGAUGACGAGUCCAAGGAACGCCCAUCCAAGCGUGAGGAGGAGCAUGCGAGUACAUUACUUGACGACUUUAUCGUACCAAAAUAUUUCAAGGACGACUUGUUCCAGUUAUCUGGGGAUCGAAGGAGGCCACCUUUCCGCUGGUUUGUCGUGGGAGGCGCUAGAAGUGGCACUGGCAUCCACGUUGACCCUCUUGGAACCUCCGCCUGGAAUACGCUUACUUCAGGACAUAAACGGUGGUGCCUCUUUCCGCCAGGCAUACCCAAGAGCGUCUACGACCCACCCAUGAAGCCCUUUGAUCGGGAAGCUGUCUCUUGGUACCAUCACGUCUAUCCGCGCUUUGCAGAAAACGACUUUGAGCUUGGCAAGAAAUAUGGCAUGAUUCAAGUUAUUCAGCACCCUGGCGAGACUAUGUUCGUGCCAGGUGGAUGGCCCCACAUCGUUAUGAACCUGGACUUUACGAUCGCCAUCACACAGAACUUCUGUUCGCCCACGAACUUUGAGGCGGUAUGGCUGCAUACACGUCAUGCCCGUCCAAAGCUGGCAAAGAAGCUUCGGUCCGAGAUUGAGCGGCUGUACGCCAAAACAGGACGGUGCUUUUAUAAGGAUUUGCUGGAUAAAUGUAGGUCCCUCACAUAUGUUCCGAUGCUUCGUUUGUCCACUGACGAUAGCAGUUCCAGCAGCUCCAGUUCCAGCUCGGACUCGAGCGAUGAUUUGAGCUCGACAGAGAGCGAAAGCGACAUUGGGGAGAUCUGCAUGUGUCACAAAUGCAAGAAGAAGAGAAGGAAGGAAGCACGCCGGGCCGACAAGGAAAACAAGGAAAAGAGUGUGGUUUGAGGACAUCACCAAGCAUAUUUGCAAUAGCAUCGCAGCAACAUAGCUUGUUUCAAAUAAGGCUGUAAAUGAAAAAUAAAUUUUCGUUUGUAGAGAGCAAA